CCAGGCUACUGGCAGGAGCAGGAUUUGGAGCUGGGAACUCUGGCUCCACUCGACGAAGCCAUCAGCUCCUCAGUCUGGAGCAGCCCUGACAUGCUGGCCAGUCAAGACAGUCAGCCCUGGACAUCUGAUGAAACAGUGGUGGCUGGUGGCACCGUAGAACUCCAGUGCCAAGUGAAAGAUCAUGAGGACUCAUCCCUGCAGUGGUCCAACCCUGCCCAGCAGACUCUCUACUUUGGGGAGAAGAGAGCCCUCCGAGAUAACCGGAUUCAGCUGGUCCGCUCUACACCCCAGGAGCUCACCAUCAGCAUCAGCAAUGUGGCUCUGGCAGACGAAGGGGAGUACACCUGCUCAAUCUUCACCAUGCCUGUGCGAACCGCCAAGUCCCUCGUCACUGUGCUCGGAAUCCCACAGAAGCCCAUAAUCUCUGGUUACAAGUCACCGUUACGGGAAAAAGAUCACACUACCCUAUACUGUCAGUCUUCUGGAAGCAAACCUGCAGCCCAGCUCAGCUGGAAGAAGGGUGAACAAGAGCUCCAUGGAGAACCAACUCGAGCACAGGAAGAUCCCAAUGGUAAAACCUUCACUGUAAGCAGCUCAGUGACCUUCCAGGUUACCCGGGAGGAUGACGGUGCAAUCAUUGUGUGCUCUGUGAACCAUGAAUCUCUACAGGGAGCUGAUAGAUCCACCUCUCAGCGCAUCGAAGUUUUAUACACACCAACGGCGAUGAUUAGGCCAGACCCUCCACAUCCUCGCGAGGGCCAGAAGCUGUUGCUACACUGUGAGGGUCAUGGCAAUCCUGUCCCCAAGCAGUACCUAUGGGAGAAGGAGGGCAGCGUGCCCCCCUUGAAGAUGACGCAGGAGAGAGCCCUGAUCUUCCCCUUCCUCAACAAGAGUGACAGUGGCACAUAUGGCUGCACAGCCACCAGCAACAUGGGCAGCCACAAGGCCUACUACACUCUCAAUGUUAAUGACCCCAGUCCGGUGCCCUCGUCCUCCAGCACCUACCAUGCCAUCAUCGGCGGGAUCGUGGCUUUCAUUGUCUUCCUGCUGCUCAUCCUGCUCAUCUUCCUCGGCCACUACUUGAUCCGGCACAAAGGAACCUACCUGACACACGAGGCAAAAGGCUCUGACGAUGCUCCGGAUGCAGACACGGCCAUCAUCAACGCAGAAGGCGGGCAAUCGGGCGGGGAUGACAAGAAGGAAUAUUUCAUCUAAGGGUGCCCGCCCACUUCCUGUGCCCCCCAGGGGCCCCAUGGGGACUGCUGGGGCCAUCACCAACCUGGACUUGUACAGAGCGACCCCAGGGCCGCCCCUCCCGCUUGCUCCCUGGCCCACCCACCCCCUGUACAGAAUGUCUGCUUUGGGUGCGGUUUUGUACUAGGUUUGGAAUGGGGAGGGAGGCGGGCGGGGGGGAGGGGAGGGUUGCCCUCUGCCCUUUCCGUGGCUUCUCUGCGUUUGGGUUAUUAUUAUUUUUGUAACAAUCCCAAAUCAAAUCUGUCUCCAGGCUGGAGGGGCAGGGGCCCUGGGGUGAGGAAAGGAAA